AUGACGGACCGCAACACCAACCACUUCCGCGGGCGACACUACGCGGCAGACCACAUCACCGGCCCCGUGCCCUUCUUAAACCCCACCACACGCCUGCUCCCGCUGCACAAGCCCAAAGAACAGGGCAGAGACCAGCAGGCCGCACCUCAUCCGCCAACAGCUGAGGGCGAUGAAGAUGAAGCACCGGAGAAGCAGCCCGCCUCCACCCCAGACCUGACGCCGACCGCCACCCACAGCAGCGGGGUCUACCACAUCUGGCGGUCCCGCGACAACCGCAAAGGCCGGCACGCGCUGGCGCUGACCCGCUCGGCCGAGGCAUCAGCCGCCGUCGCCGUCGGCGCACACCAGCACAAGCCCAGGCGCACCACCACCACGGGGUCCACGCUGCAGGGCAUCGCGCGCAUGUUCCUGCGCUACCCGGUGUGGGACGUGUCUUACGACGUGGCGACCAUCUUCACGCUCGGGUCGGUCGUCUGGGUGCUCAACGGCUUCUUCGUGCUGCUGCCCACGACGAACCCGGGGAGCUCGUGGCCGGGCGAGAGCGCGUGGGGCGGCGGCGUGUCUGCCGUCGUGGGGGCCACGAUCUUCGAGGUCGGCAGCGUGCUGCUGAUGCUGGAGGCUGUGAAUGAGAACCGGUCGGACUGCUUCGGGUGGGCGCUCGAGGAGGCGUUGGGCCACGGUGGUGCUGAGGGGCGGCUGGUGCUGCGCAGGGAGAAGAGCCGGUGUAAUCAUCACCAUCGCGAUAAGCGGGCUUUCUUGACGGGCACAGGUGUCGACGGUAGCGAUGGGAAUAUGGAUGCUGGAGAGCAGGGAGAUGCCAGCUCUGGUCAAGACGAGGGGGGCAGCACGACGGCCGGGAGGCGGUGGACGUGGUGGCCGUCAUGGUACGAGCUGAGGACGCACUACUUCCGCGAGAUUGGCUUCCUCGCAUGUCUGUCACAGAUGAUUGGAGCUACGAUCUUCUGGAUCUCGGGCUUCACGGGAUUGCCUCAGGUUCUGGGCGUUUUGACUGUGCCUGCUGAGAACGGUAUCUUUUGGCUGCCCCAGGUCGUCGGUGGCACAGGCUUCAUAAUAUCCUCCUGGCUCUUUAUGCUCGAGACACAGCCAAACUGGCACACGCCGUCCCUCACAACACUAGGGUGGCACAUCGGAUUCUGGAACCUCGUCGGCGCACUCGGCUUCACGCUCUGCGGCGCGCUAGGCUUUGCGAGCGGCUCGUCACCAGCCUGCGAGACGGCCUCGCUGUGGUCGACCUUCAUCGGGUCGUGGGCCUUUCUGGUUGGGUCCAUCAUACAAUGGUACGAGUCCCUUGAUAAGUACCCCGUGACCGUGAUCGACAAGAAGUUUGUGGGGCCGGGAGCGUCCUCGUCGGGGAUUUUGGAGAAGAUAUAA